GACACUUUUGUAUAUUUGCACUUGUGUGUUUGAUCGAUUUUGGUCAUUGAUUUCUGUAUGCUGAAUAUUCCCAUGUGUAGAAAUCGAAUAAUUAUCCAGUAAUUUGCAAAAUACCAAUACCAUGUCCAGAAUUUAGACGUUACCAUUUCAAAGCAUAGUCAAGGUCACAAGACAAGCCUUGAAAUUUUCAACUUAUUUCAUCUUUCAUAAAAUAAAAAUGGCAGGAGAGUAUGAGAGUCCAAAUAUCAAACAAGAACCAGAAUCCAACAGUCUUACAGAAUCUGGAAAAACUACACCGACACAACAGAACAUCUCACCUUACGUUCUUAACAGAGACAAAGCGGUCAAGAAAAUCCUUGAUGCUGCAAACAGAGAAGCGCAUGCCCAUUUUCAGUUUCACUCCAAUCGACUGAUGAUCCAUUUAUCUGCUGCAGCUUACGGAACAAUGUGUAAAGCCAUACAAAAAUAUUAUGAAAACAGUCACUUCGAGGUGCUACAUAAAGAAAAAAUGGAUCAAGAAAAGAUCGUUACAGAAUUAUUACUGUCCAUUAAGAGUAAAGAAAACUUAAAAGAAUCGUUAAGAAUCUCUAUGUACCACACUACUAGUAGAAUAUUAGUCAAUGGGUCCAUGUUCCAGAAUUUUGCCGCUCAACAUUUGGAUCAAAUUCGCCAAUCUCUACCCAACUCGGAUGAAAUGGUAAAACUGAACAACGAAAUCAAAUUAAGAUGUGAGGAAUUUUUGAAAGAUCAGAAAAACCAAC